AUGGCAGCUACGACCGAGCCUAUUAUCGAACCAGACGCCUGGAACCUUUCGCGCCAAGACACUCUCUCCCCGCCGCCCCCGCCCAAGUGGGUAACGCUGCAGCAGCAGAUGGCGGGUCACAAGACCAAACCAUCGGCGCGCAGCCGUCGCGCAGUCGGCGGCGGGGAAAGCGGCAAACGGGAGAACGAUGCGGGUAGUCCUAGCAGUAGCAGCGGCGACAGCGGCGCCGAUAGUAGCGGUGGGGGCAGCAGCCAAACCAGCGAUCCUGCUGCGAACGUUCCGGAGGAGUUUCUGUGCCCUCUGUCGCUCGAGAUUAUGCGAGACCCCGUUAUUAUCGCAUCAGGGCAAACAUACGAUCGUGCUUAUAUCGAGCGUUGGUUUUCGGAGGGCCGUUCCUCCUGCCCUAAAACGAGACAGUGCAUCGAGCACACUAAUUUCUGCCCUAAUUUCGCCCUUAGGAGCAUGAUUGCUGAUUGGUGCGCUGCAAAUGACGUCAGCCUCCCACCUAUCACGCCGAUUCCCGCGUCGAAGCCUCCCUCGGGCUUCGCAGAAAGUCCCGCCGCCAAACUCGCCGCCGGCACCGCUAUGGCGACGAGAAAGAUAGAGACCCGCGCAACCGCGACGGCGAUGCAACCGCAGCAACAAAAGCAGGAGUUAAGGGAGCAGAAGAAGCAGAGGGAGCAGUUGCGUGAUGGAAACCCGUCCGAAGAACGGGGGGAAGCGGAGGACAAAGCGGAGGGCAAAGCGGAGCGGCGGAGCAGGGCGCGCAGCAAAGACGGGUUCGGGUCCGUGCGCGGGGCCAAACACGCGCAAGGGGAGGCGCUGGAAGAGCGGGGGCAGGGGAACGCGGCGGAGAGGAUGAGCGGCUCGCGCAGCGGAAAAUCGGCCAGUGGAGAGUCCGCGGAAGACGGGGAAGGAGCCGCGGUGAAGUCGGGGAAGAAGAAGACAGGCCCGCGGAGGAAGAAGAGCGCGGGCGCGGAGGAUCUCGCGCGCGGGGAAGUGGAUGUAAGUGGCGUGUCCAGCGAGCGCGCGGAGUUCGGCUCCGCGGAGCGGAACUGCGCGGAGGAAGAAGGCGGAGCUGUGGGAGCCGAUUGUUGGGAAGCAGCGGAGGGGGGAAGCGGGGGGGCGGAGAAGCGCGAGCAUGCGCACGCGCGCACACUCGAGCGGGGGGAGGAUGAGAGGCGGGGAAAAGGGGGGGAGGAGGAGAAGCGGAGAGUUGCGGGCGGAGGGGACGGGAGCAGGAGCGGGAAAGAGAGGCGGAGAACCGCGAGCGGGGAAGGAUUGACUCGCGAGGGGAGCGCCACGGGUAGGAGGGAUGGCGGCGCGGAGGCGAAGGCGGGUCUUAGGGCUUCUCGCGGCUCGUCUAGCUCAUUCGGGAGGGGUAAGGCGGGUGAUCCCUCGGAGCAGCAGCAGCAGCAGCAGCAGCCGUUUCAAGAGGCGCAACCUCCGCCGGAUAUGGCGGCCAUAGCUGCUGCCGCCGUCGCCGCAGUAGACGCCGCGCGAUCCUCCGCAAGUCCCGCCGGCCCAUCCGCUACUGAAGGCGCAGCCGCACCUACCCAGCGGCGCAUGCCGUUGCGCACGACUACUUCCGUUGGGGGAAAAGGCGCGCGGAAGGGCAGCGGCAUUUCCACUGGCAGUUUUAACGGUCAGGAUACAUUUGACGGUUUGCCGACGGAAACCCGUCAGAAGCAGGCGAGAGCGGGGAGGGAGCGCGGAUCACGGGAGGGGCUGGAGAGCGCGUCGCUUUCCCGCACGCGCAGCAGCUUCCCCGCGCCGGGGAACCAGGGUCUGGCGGAGGUGCUAGGGGAGGCGGAACACUGGCGAAACGAGGAGAGCGCGAAGCGAGGGGCGGCGCAACCGGCGGCGCAGACCGGCAGCAGCAGGCGGAGAGUAACGUUCGGAGAGGUAACCGGAAUAUGGGACGAGGCGGAAGGGGGCGGGAAGGCGGAUGCGGAAACAGGGCCCACGGGGAAGGAGGGGAAGGGGAAGAGCGGGGGGAAAGCGGGCGGAAGAGGAGCGGGGUUGCGCAGAGCAGCAGCGGGGAGCGUGAAGCUGACGAGGCGGGAGAAGGAGGAGGUGAUGGGAGGGCUAGGGUUGGAAGGGGUGGGUGGUGGUGGGGUAGCGGACAGCGGUGGGGACUCGCGGGGUGUGAUAAGUAGUAAGGGCAGUCGUCGCAGCAGGAACGGCAGCAGAGAUGGCGGCGGGAAAGACGGCGGGAGCAGCGGGGAUGUGCGGGAUGAGGUGAUUAGGCGAGGGGCGGAGGAGGGGGCGAAGGAAGGGCGCGAGAACGAAGGGCGCGAGAAAAAGGCCAAGGAGAAACGAAGAGCGGGGGAGAAGGGGGGCGGAGCCGCGCGCGUGGGAGGGGAGUUGAGGGAGAACGAGGGGAAGGAGUGGGGGAGGGAGCGCGAGAGAGCGGGGGAGAGAAACGGGCGGCAAGACGACGAGGUGGGGGCGGAAGAGAGACGGGUUCCGCGGGAGAAGGGCGCGCGGAGGGCGGAGCGACCCAAGACUCCCCCCCCCGUACCCCAACUGAACGUGGGCUUAGAGGGGCGUGAUGAGGGCCGUGAUGACUAUAACGCGGAUAGAGGUGCGAGUGGGGACUACACUAGUGCGGAACUGCAGCAGCAGGAGCAGGGAGAUCAGGGGGGGCAGGGGGAGAAAGGGGGGAAGGGGGAGCAGGGGGCGGGUAAGGCGCGGGGGCGUGGGCGCAGCCGCAGUGCGCGCACGCAGGUUGACACCCCUGUGGUGUCGCGGCAAGGCAGCGAGAACAACGACCCGCUCCACCGCCGCUCUGCUGCUGCUGCUGCUGGCGCUGGCGGUGGCGGUGGCAGUGGUGCUGCUGCUGGUGCUCUUGGGUCGAGUGGCUUUGGGGGAGAGGUAGCUGCGCGGUCGAGGAAAGGGGAGGGGGAGGGGCGACGGGGAGAGGCGGAUUGGGAGCGGGGAGCGAGAGGGGAUGAUAGCGCUGAUUCUGGAAGAGAACGAAUAUCCUUGGAUGGAGGGAUUGGGGGCGAUGGGAUGGAUGGUGCAGGGCGGGGAGGAGGAGACGGAGGAGGUGGAGGAGGAGGAAUGGAAGAGGAAGAGGGAGGGAGAGCAGGGGGUGGGAGGGGAAAUGGGGAAGGGGACGGGGAUGGGGAGGAGGAAGAGUGUGCGAGGGAGGAGGAGUGGGAGAGAGAGAGGGAGCGAGUGAGGGAGGGGAUGGACCAUGUUCGGAGCAACUCGUGUAAUGGCAGGCACCCUAUGGCUGGCGCAGGGGGAGGGAAAGGCGGAGGAGGGGCGUUCGAGUGGGGGUCGCAGAGGGGGAGGGGCAUGGGCGCGCUUGCAGACGCUGCUGUUGCUGCUGUGGAGAGACGCGCAGGGAGCUUCACGGAACGAAGCACAGGAUGGACAGGAGGAGGAGCAGGAGUAUUAGGAGGAAGCGGAGGAGGAGGGGGAGGGGGGAUGGGAGGGGGGAUGGGGGGAGUGGCGGCAGUGAGGGAGGACUGGUUGGGGGUGCGCAUGGGAGUGGACAUUCCCCCUCACGAGCUGCUCCUCAUGCAGCACAACGCCCCCUCGCCCCUUCCCCCCCGCCGCAACCUCGCGCGACCUCCUCUCGACACUCGCUCGCCUUCUGCCGCCGCUGCUGCUGCUGCGUCUGGUUAUGGAAGAAAGGCGAAAGGGGGAAUCGGAGGGGCGGUGAGUCAUGGGCUUGGGCUGGCACGGUCCAAGUCUGCUCUCCCCCCUGGUCUCCUGCACGUGUUUGGUAAUGCGCUGGGGCGGGUGGCUGAUGCUUCCCCAGGCGCAGGGGGGAAGCGCGGAGGGAAGAAGGAGAAUGCGGGGCACGGUGGGGGUGGGAGGGGAGGAGCUGGGGGAGCGGGGGAGGGAGUGGGAGGGGGAGGGGGAGGGGGCGGAGGGGGAGGAGCGGCGGCGGGGGAAGGGGUUAUGAAGGUAGGGGAUGGAAGGGCGGAGCAGGGUUUGGAAUAUGCCGGUGCAUAUACGAGUGAGAAGGAGGAGGAGCGGGAAGUGAUAGGGCCGAGAGGAGGAGAGAGAAAGCCGGAGAGGGGUGCACAGAGAGCAGGCGAGAGAGGUGGGGAGAGGGGUGGGGAUAGGGGGGUGGGGGCGCGGGGUGAGAAGGGGUCUAAGAGAGAGGAGGGCCGGUGGGGGGAGGAGCAGAGGAGGGAAGCUGAGCUGGCGUGCCUGCUAGCAGAGGAGCGGGCAGGGAAGCAGAGCAGAGUGAAAGGCAAAGGAAGCGGGUCAAGCAGGGGGAGAGACGAGGGGGCGCGGGAGGGAGCCAGGGAGGGAGCAGGUGAGGGGAAGGGGAGGGGGCAGGAGGGCAGGAUAGGUAAGGGGCGGGGCAGCAAGGGGAGUAACAGUGGUGGUGGUGGUGGUGGUGCUGCUGCUGCUGCUGCUGGUGAGAGGUGCAGGAGUGACGGAGGGGGUGGUGUGGUGUCGCUAGCUGCUGCGGGUGACUGGCUGGAUGGGGAGCAGGGCGGGCAGAGGCAGGGCGACAGUGGCACUCACAGGAGGAGCCAGACCCACAUGGGAGGCAUGCUGCACCCGCACACUCCCACUGCCACUGCUGCUUCCACUGCUGCGUCCCCUGCUGCUGCUGCUGCUGCUGCUGCCUCUGCUGCUGCCUCUGCAGCUACGGGUGGUAACCGCAACGGGUACUCGGGCCACAUGCGCAAUGAGAGCCUCAUGUGGACACCAGAGAUCGACGCUGCAGCAGCCGGUGUUGGCGCCGGCAGCGCCAUCUCCUUCGCCGCCGCCGCCUCUGCGUUUGCUGCUGCCUCUGCUGCUUCCUCAUCUGCCAAUGCUUCUCCCUUCCACCGUGCUCCAGCGUCGAUGGGUUUCGGGUCACAGCAUGCACCAGUAGCAGCAGCAGCAGCAGCAGCAGCACCAUCCAUGGGCAAGUACGCACCUCUUGCCGAUGCGCUUUCCUUGGGCAGCGCCACGGAAAAGAUCUGCGCCGCUCGAUCAAUACGGGCCAUGGUGAAAUCCCGCACGAAUGGCGAGACCAGGGAGGAGCGCAGGAGCUUCCUGGAAGCGGGCGUUUUGGAAGCCCUGAUAGCCGCCUUGGCUACACACACCGACGAGUGGGAGAGCGGGAGAGCAGCAGCAGCGGCAGCAGAGGAGGAGGCGGUGGUUGAGAACGUGAUGAACGCACUCCUCGCGCUGCUCCUCCACUGGAACGCGGGCCCGGAGGUGGUCCUGGCAGGAGGCAUCCCGUCUCUAGUAUCCGUGCUGCAGCACGCGACCCCCGCAGCGCAGGCCACAGCAGCAGCAGCGCUGUACGUGCUGGCCAAGGACGACGAGAACCGCUCGCUCGUGCGCACGGGAGGCGCCAUCCCCGCCCUCGUGCGCGUCAUGGAAACGGGGUCGGCGCGCGGGCGUAAAGACGCGGCUCUCGCGCUCUUUGCGCUGUCUCUCUCCGUGCGGUGCGCGAGAGACAUCGUGGGUGCGGGAGCCAUCCCGCUUCUGCUGAGCCUCAUCGGGCAGGACGAGAACGACGACGGCGGGCUGCCCGGGAUGGAGGAGAAGGCAGCGGCGGUCCUGCUGAACCUCUCCCGGCUGCCGGAAGCGUGCGAGGAGAUCGCAGCGCAGGAAGGCGGCGUGGGGGUGACACACCUGAUUGAUUUACUCGACGCGGGGGCGUGCCAGAGGAGCAAGGAGGAUGCGGCGGGGGUGCUGCUGGCCAUGCUGCAGUCCGAGGUGGUGACGGUGCAGGCGCUGCGAGCGGAAGGAGCGAUUCCGUCGCUCGUGCGGAUUGUCGGGGGGAGUGGCGGGGGAGGCGCGGCGGGGGGGAGUGGGGGAGAGGGGAGUGCGCCAGAGGCGAAGGAGCUCCUGCAGCGACUGAGGCAGGGGUGA